AAGGCUUGAACGCAGCAAACUAGGGAACCUAGCGGUGCAAGCAAAUCAUCUGUUUUGAGUUCUUUCUCCGCUGGUUUCUUUCUUCGCAACUCGAUUAAACAAUGCGUCCUUCGAACCCCGAUUUCGAAGCCCAAGUUUCUGAAGAAGAGAAAUCCACUAAUAGCAACAAACAUUCGACUUUCUUCGAUGUCUACGGCCCACAAGGGAAAGCAGAUGUUACUUUUAAGACACCUGAACCCGGCUCAACUUUGAAUUUGCAAGAUGUUCAAGGACUUGUCACAUGGGUGCUAGCUGAAGGAUUCAUGCCUUCAUGGGUUUUUAUCAAAAACAAGCCCCUGAUUCCAAAAGUGGUUAUGCUUUUUGUCCCUGGCCUUGAUGCAGCUUUGUACUUGUCAGAGUCUAAAAUACUUAAAAGUUUUAAAGAAUGCUGUGGUAUCCCAAGGGCAGUUUUAGCUCUUAGCUGUGUAUCAGAUGGGAUGCAGACUAUAGAUGCACUCCUUACCUGCAAGACAAAAAGAAAAAGGGGUGGAGCCGAUUCAGUUUUGAGGAGACCUGGCCAGACAUCUGAACAAGGAGCUAUUAGUUCUGGUUUAGAGAACGCAUCAUUUACUGACCUUGUGAAAGGGAUACCAUUCCCUAUUACGCACUACACACUUACAAUGCAGGAACUAGAAGAUAAUGGGUAUCAUAACGUCCAACAAGGGUCAUAUCUACAAAUUGCAGGUUUUCUUUCCACUAUUCCUGCUCCUUCAGGAACUCCUGCCCAUGAAAUCUUGGCUCUUGAUUGUGAGAUGUGUAUCACAAGUGAGGGGUUUGAGCUCACAAGAGUGACCCUGGUUGAUAUUAAAGGACAGGUAGUGUUAGAUAAACUGGUCAAACCAUCAAACAUUAUCAUUGACUACAACACUAGGUACAGUGGAAUCACAUGUGAAAUGUUGAGUGGGGUGACAACGAGUCUUAAAGAUAUUCAGGAAGAAUUUCUGCAGUUGGUCUACAAAGAGACCAUUCUAGUUGGACAUUCCUUGGAGAAUGAUUUGUUGGCAUUAAAGAUAUCUCAUGAUCUCGUGAUUGACACGGCAGUGUUAUACAGGCACCGUCGCGGCGGAACCUACAAAAUUGCGCUUCGUGUGCUCACCAGAAGAUUCCUUUCUAGGGAGAUACAGGAGUCAGGAAAUGGGCAUGAUAGUAUUGAAGAUGCAAAAGCUGCCAUGGAUCUGGCACUGCUAAAGAUUAGAAAUGGACCCCAUUUUGGUUUUCCUUCAUCAUUCAUGCGGAAGAAGCUCCUUACAGUUUUAAGCGAGUGUGGUAAAACCUCGACUUUGAUUGAUAAUAUUUCCAUAGUGAAGCGAUAUGCUUCGGAGUCAUCGCAUACCAUUCCAGUAUCUUCCGAUGAUGAAGUCCUUUUGAAGGCCAGAAAAGAGGUUAGAAAUGAGAAGGUACAGUUUGUCUGGGCCCACUUCUCAGAAUUAAAUUCCUAUUUCAAGAAACAAGCAGAGGACAUGGAGAUUUUAAAUACAAGGCUUGCGGAGAUGAUAUCCUUGCUUACAUGUAACAAGUCUACUGGCAGAAAAGGCAUCAAAUACAGUGUAACCUCUGAACUAAAGGACAUUUUAACUCGCUUGGAUGCUAGAAUCAGAAGUGUCCACUCCAAUUUACCUACCAAUGCCAUGCUUAUUAUUUUCACUGGUCAUGGGGACACUGCAGUUGUUCAUAGAUUGAGAAAAAUGCUUACAGAGCAGAAUGAAACUGCAAUGUGCCGUGAGAAACUUGUAAAGGUCUUGGAAGAGCUGCAGGCCCAAGCUGAAGUAGGUUUGUGCUUUGUGGGUGUAAAGCAUUGAGUUAUCGUUAUGCAAAUGCCUUGGUCUUGUUUCUUGUUUCACAAAGCUUGUGGUGAAGAAAUGCAGUAUAAACUAUUUUAUUUAUUAGACAUGUAAUGUGAUACAUACAUACCCUGCCUUCACAAUUUUAAUUAAACAGUCAAUGAAAGUGAAGCUGGGCAAGUUCUGUAUUUUAAGGCACAUUGAUAUCAAUUGCGUAUGUUUCAUUAAUCUCUUUGCUCUUCUUUCUCCUUCCUCAUCUUUGUACUGUUUUUUGGUCAUUUAUGGAAAACAGUUUGAGAUCU